AUGCCGGGAAAAAUAUGUCCGACUGGUACGUUGAAGACUCCAAAAGUGUACAAGCUAGUGCUUACCGGUGGACCAUGCGGAGGGAAAACUACUGGGCAGGAUCGCCUCGCCACGUUUUUCGAGAAUAUCGGUUGGAAAGUCUACACUGUGCCUGAGACUGCUACCAUCUUAUUUGGAGGCCGAGUGAAAUUUGAAGAGCUGAACUAUGAUCAGGCCUACCUUUUCCAAAAGGAUCUGCUCAAAACCAUGCUUCAAAUUGAAAAUGUAAGUGUUUGGUGCCUCUACAUUCCUUUUCUGUUUACAUAUUUCAACCAAGCCGCUGCAACCACUGAUCGUAACGUCUUGAUAAUUUGUGACCGUGGUGGAAUGGAUCCUUCUGCCUAUACUGAUCGCGAUUCUUGGCUACGCAUGCUGAAAGAAAUUGGUGUGGAAGAAUUCGACCUGCUCAACAAUCGUUACGAUCAGGUUGUGCAUCUGGUAACUGCUGCAGAUGGAGCGGAGCAGUACUACACACUCGCAAACAACACCACUAGAAAAGAAAAUCUUGAAGCUGCGAGACAAAUGGAU